CUGCUUCGAUUUCUGGAAAUCUGUCAGUGAGUUCUGUCUCCUGCUAUAGUCUCUCUCCCCCUCUGUGAAUCUCCCUCUCUUGAUCGAUCUGACUCUGAAAUUAAAUUCAACUACUUCAUCUCUGACUGCACGGGCCUUUUGUUUGUUUUCUCCUGGAAACUUCGAUUGAGAGAGAAAGAUGCGAGAACUCUCAAGUUUUAAACACAUCCCUUUGAUCAGAUCCUAAUCGUGCUUCUUCGUCUCGAGGCUGUUGCAUUUAUAAUUUUGCCUCGUUUGACCCUGGAUCUCGCCUUGAAUCCGGGUUCUUUAGCUGGGGGAAGAGCUCGAUUCGGGCUGGUGGAAGAUGGUGUUCAAAUCUAGAAUAAAAUGGAUUGCGCUUUUUGUUCUCAUCUUGUCAAUGGGAUCUCUGGUUGUUCAUCUCUCCAUCACCAAGUCUUCAGGUGUACAGUUGGCGUUUUCUGCAAGAGAUAACCUUUGGCAAGAUUUGUUAGGGGCACAGGAUUUUAGAAAUAAGCACUUAUGGCGGCCUGUUAAAUCGUUAGAGACCUUGCAGCCUUAUGCCAAUCCAAGAAAUAGUUAUCCUGCGCCCAGUUUAAAAAACAAUGGUUUCAUUUAUGCAAAGAUAUUUGGUGGAUUUGACAAGAUAAGAUCUUCUAUAUGUGAUCUUGUCACCAUAUCCAGGCUUCUAAAUGCUACUCUUGUCAUUCCGGAGCUUCAAGAAAGUCUUCGCUCUAAAGGCAUUAGCAACAAGUUCAAGAGUUUCUCCUAUCUUUAUGAUGAAGAGCAAUUUAUAGCCUUUCUUAAAAAUGAUGUUAUAGUUACAAAGGCCCUCCCUGAGAGCUUGAAAGCCGCAAGAAAAAGGAAUGAGUUCCCUCUUUUUAAGCCCAAAAACUCUGCAUCACCCAAAUUUUACCUGGAGGAUGUAUUGCCAAAGUUAAAGAAAGCUAAUGUUAUUGGAUUGAUCGUGUCUGAUGGGGGAUGCUUGCAGUCAACUUUGCCAGCUUCAAUGCCUGAACUUCAAAGAUUAAGGUGUAAAGUUGCCUUCCAUGCCCUCCAGCUUCGUUCAGAAAUCCAGGUGCUAGGCAAAAAGAUGGUUGACAGGUUACGUAAAUCAGGUCAACCUUUCCUAGCUUAUCACCCUGGCUUAGUGAGGGAAAAAUUGGCAUAUCAUGGUUGUGCUGAGCUUUUCCAGGACAUUCACAGUGAACUCAUCCAAUAUCGGCGGGCUCAGAUGAUUAAGCAGAAGAUGAUUUCAGAAGAACUUAAUGUAGACUCGCACUUGCGCAGGGACAAUGGCUUAUGUCCUCUCAUGCCAGAAGAGGUUGGAAUUUUGUUGAAAGCAUUGGGUUAUUCUCAAAAAGCGAUCAUAUAUUUAGCUGGUUCUGAAAUGUUUGGUGGCCAACGGGUUUUGAUCCCUCUGCGUGCUAUGUUCCCUAAUUUAGUGGAUAGGACUUCUUUAUGCAGCUUGGAGGAGUUAUCAGAUUUGGUUGGUCCUGAGAUACCUCUUCCAGAAAAUACAUUUGAAAUGCCUCCUCGAAAAAGCGAUAAGCAGCUCAAAGAAGAGUGGAACAAGGCAGGUCCCCGGCCUAGACCUCUACCUCCUCCUCCAGACAGACCUAUAUACCAGCACGAAAAAGAAGGAUGGUAUGGUUGGCUUACGGAGAAUGACACAGAACCAAUCCCUUCACCUAUGGAUCUUAGGAAUCAAGCACAUAGGUUACUGUGGGAUGCCCUUGAUUUUGUUGUUUCUGUAGAAGCUGAUGGGUUCUUCCCCGGUUUCAACAAUGAUGGUAGUGGGUGGCCAGAUUUUUCAAGUUUGGUGAUGGGUCAAAGGCUCUAUGAAAGGCCCUCUUCACGAACAUAUAGACUAGACAGGAAAGUUAUUCAAGAACUUUUCAACAUUACCCGUGAGGACAUGUACCAUCCUAACCGUAACUGGACACUUCGCGUAAGGAAACAUCUUAACUCAAGUUUGGGUGAAAGUGGGCUUAUCAGGCAGUCUAUGCUGUCGAAACCAAGGUCGUUUCUUUCGCAUCCACUUCCUGAAUGUUCAUGUAGAACAUCAGCCCUUGAUGAGUCCAGGCAAUUACGGAGUGAUGAUGGCAGAUUUCUCUAUGGAGGUGAGGAUGAGUGCCCUAAAUGGAUAAAAUCAGCUGGAGUGGAAAAGAGUAAAACUGAUGAUGGUGAUCAGCCUGAUUAUGAACAUGAUCUUCUCGCUGAACAGUCAGAAACUGAAGAAGAAUUUGCAAAAAGUAAAGUGGCUUCAGCGUUUGACCAGGAUGAAGAAUGGGAUCCUAAUGACUAGCGUGACAACUAUGCAAAUUCUGCUGUGAGUUGACAUUUGAUUUUUCCCAGAUUCUUUCAGGAAAGGCGAAGAAGGAAACAUACGGAGGUUUUAUUUAAUUGUUUUCUACAGUUCCCGGCUUUUUCCCCCUUUCUGAGAAUAAGCUUUUAGUGUUAUUCUUUUGUUAGUAGCUCCUUCGAAGUUAGUUGCAUACUCUAUACAUCGAAACCUUCUCAAAGAUACAAGUAUUGCCUCCAGACACUCUAUGCAUCGAAGGACAGACAACUUAUGCAGCAAAGGAUGUCUGUUAUGCUUCAUCCUUCUCUGAGGUCUUCCCUUGAAGCAAAUGUGAAGCUGGAGGUAUCUUUUGCUCUUCUUCUUCUCAUCAUUGUAAAUCUGAUUAAGGUUCAUAUUCAGAUUCUUUUAUCCCUUUUUCCCCCAAUAGUUUUUUUCUGGAUUUGUUUUGACAUACUACAGAUAUAAAAGAUAAAGGUAUAUUUCAACAGGAUUUUUAUA